GAUAAUUCGACCCCUCCCGUGCGCCCAGCGCUAGCGUUGGCCGGCUCUGAGCAAAUGAGUCAGUUUCAAGUCUGCACAUGUCAUUCAUGUACCAGCACCAAACCCUAGAAUUUCAAGAAAAAGAUUUUGCCGAGCGGGGAAAACACACUUGUCUUCCAAAAUAGACAACGCGAGUUGUAAGUGAACAUCAGAUGAGUGCAUGAGAAUCUUCACAAUCAGGCCUAUUUGGAUCAUUAAUGUUCAUGGUGCAUGCGGAUUUGGUGGUAUUGAAGAAGUGAGAUAAGUUCAAAUGGAACAUUUACCUGCUGUGGAGAAUCCCUUGUUCUGCACUGACUCUUAUAAGGUAACCCAUCACUUUCAGUACCCGGAGGGGACGACCAAUGUCUACUCAUACUUUGAGAGUCGAGGAGGUGUGUAUCCGGAGACGGUCUUCUUUGGCCUUCAGUACAUCAUCAAGAGAUGGCUGUUAGGCGAGAUAGUCACCAAGGAAUACAUCGCUGAAGCGAAGGCCCUCUACAAGAUGCAUUUUGGUCAGGAUGUGUUCAAUGAGGACGGAUGGACGUACAUUCUUGAAAAACACAACGGUCGACUUCCCCUACUUAUCAAGGCUGUACCUGAAGGAACGGUAGUCCCAACCAAGAAUGUCCUCUUUACUGUGGAGAACACUGAUCCCAAAGUACCAUGGCUGACAAAUUGGUUUGAGACUAUCUUGGUGCAUGUCUGGUACCCCAUGACCAUCGCCACUCACUCUAGGGCUCAGAAGGCAAUCAUUGCCCGUUACCUGAGUGAGACAGCAGACAACCUGGACUCACUGCCUUUCAAGCUCCAUGAUUUUGGCUACAGGGGCGUUCCAUCUGUGGAGACAGCAGCUAUUGGUGGGGGCAGUCACUUGGUCAACUUCAUGGGAACUGACACCAUAGCAGGCCUCGUCUUCUUGAGGAAGUUUUAUAACUGUAACAUGGCUGGUUUCUCCAUCCCUGCCGCUGAGCACAGCACAAUCACGACUUGGGGUAAAGACGGAGAACUAGAAGCUUUUGCCAACAUGCUCCAGAAGUUCCCCGAUGGUCUAGUGGCAGUCGUCUCCGACAGCUUUGACAUUUUCAAUGCCUGUGCCAAAAUCUGGGGUCAGGAGCUCAAGGACUUGGUGAUUAAGAGAGGGGAAAGGAAUGGGACGUUAGUGAUACGGCCGGACUCUGGUGACCCCCCAGAAAUUGUGGAAAAGGUUCUAAAUAUCUUGGGCACUGCUUUUGGCACCGUCACUAACUCCAAGGGCUACAAGGAGCUGCCCAAGUACAUCAGGGUCAUCCAAGGGGAUGGCAUCAACGCCGAGAUGCUGGACAAAAUCCUCAGCCGCAUGCAGGCUGGGAAAUGGAGCGCGGAGAAUCUCACCUUUGGCAGUGGAGGAUCCCUGCUGCAGAAGGUCAAUCGUGACACCCAGAAGUGCGCGUUCAAGUGUAGCUCUUGCGUUGUCAAUGGGGAAGCGAGGAAUAUCUUUAAGCAGCCAGUCACCGAUCCGGGGAAAACAUCCAAGAAGGGUCGGCUGACACUCGAACUUCAGAAUAAUCAGUUUGUGACUGUCCAGGAAGGGAGGGGCGAUCCAGAAAAGGACUUACUCGUACCGGUUUUUAAGAAUGGAGAACUUCUUAAGGACUACAGUCUAGAUGAGAUCAGACAACGCGCUGAGCUACCCAUUGUGAGACAGGCAAACAAGAAGUAACAGCUCUCCCUUUGUAAUCAAUCCUGUCCUGCCAGAAAAUUUCAUCAUUCUGUUGACUCCCAUGGUGCAUCGGGUUCGCAUCAUGCCUUUGGGUUCCCAUCAUGCCUUGCAGACCCUUUCGUACUAAUUAUCUGAUUAUGUGACUGAUGUUCCAACUAAUAAAGCAAAAAUGUAUCUAGUUUGAUGGCACAUCGUACCAUUGAGGCAUUUCUUCAAGAUUCAAGUCCUUUGGUGGCCUGAUUUGGGGUCUUUUUAUCAAAUUUUAGGAAAUGUACAUGCACUAGCUCUAUUUAUAGAUGCUUUGUUUUUCCUUUGUACCAAAACUUUGAGGUAAACAUGUGCGAUGCCUUUACAUUCCUGACUUCUUGUCUGCUGUGUAAAAAAAUGAAAUUGACUGAAUAGCAGAAGUAUGAGAAAACCUGAAGUGAAAUCGUACAAUUUUCUACCAAUUUCAUGUAUCUGCCCAUGUACAUGUAUACCCCCAAAGGCAUGUAGAAUGUUAUUCAGCAAUAGUUUAGAUUGUAACUUAUUUGCACAAUAUCCAGACCGUAUUCCAACCUCCUGUGACUGUUGCUAUGCCCAGAACAAACCUAAAUAUUAUCCGCGUAUUAGAAAGGCAGUGCUAGCUUUCUGCUAGUUUAAUGCAGCUCUGUAUUGUUAGAUAUGCAUAAGAAUUCUGUGUGUUAGGUGGUAAGCGUAGAAUGAUUGUGCUAGGGCAUAAUGCAUAGAAUGUCAAUCGCAAGUGCAAAAUCCUGUUGUAAGCGCAGCCCUGAAGUGGGACCAUGGAUUCAUUAUGCUACUUAGCACAGCAUCGGCUGAGUACCAGUUUCAGCUGAUCUGCACUGUGUCAGGGCAUUUUGGCUGGUAGCCUGUGAUUGCUUUAAGUGAGUAUUUUCUGCCCCUAGCCCUUACCGAGUAACUCCUUGAAAUUAGCCUGAUAUCUCCAACAGUGUAUGGGGGGGCGGGGCGGGGGGUCGUCAGUAGGGGCCAUGGUCUUCCUCCCCCACCCAAAAAAGAGGUCAUGUUUUUUUUUUUAACAAUGAGACAAAGGCAAGUUUGUGGUCCAUUUCAUUCCCCAUCCUUCAAAAAGCAUGUAAAAAGCCCGAAAAACUAGCCUUACCUCU